GAACGUUCGAAUUGGGUAACUAAAAGUCUCGCAGUUAACAUCGUUCUCGCGUUCCUCUUUUUCUUGGAUAGCUCAGCCUCGCGCGUUGCCUAUCUUCGAAUUACUCGUGCUCUAAUCACGCUAACAAUCUCAGCUAAUAAUUUAGUUGAUCACGGUCCGACAGUCGAUUGUUCGCAAGCGAUAUAGCGACAUUAUCUGCUGAUCGUUUACAAAAAACAAACGCGAGAACGAGCGGAUACAUCGUGGCCGAAUCGUAAAACUUGCUGAUACGGUAGACCAACAGACCGAAGGAUGUAUUGCAAAAGGCGUGUGAAAUCAAAGGCCAAAAAACCGCUGCAGGAGUUGAACAGCACCCUCAAUCAUGUCAACCGAUGUGAGCAGGACGAGGGAGCGUACAUGCCGUCAGACGAUUUUUCAGCUUCAUCUUUCGACUGCAAGUCCGUUCGCUCGGCCCAAAAACCCUUGACGAGAACAGUCCCAGACGAGGACAGCGAUACGAAUAAUACUGAUACAAAGAGCACAAAAAGCUGGAAAGUAAUUAAGAAGAAAUCCUGGACGAGAAUUGCAGAUGUAGAUAGCGAUAUGGAUAUUGAUGUAAAGAAUAAGAAGGACUGGAAAAGAAUGAAGAAGAAAUCCUCGAAUAUAGCGAGAAACUCGAUGAGAAGGCAGUCACCGAAAAGAGAUCGUUCGUCGUCAGAAUCGUCAUUGUUAUCGUCGUCGUCGUCAGAAUCGUCAUUCUUAUCGUCGUCGUCAUCGUCAUCGUCAUCGUCAGCGUCAUCGUCGUCGUCGUCGUCAUUGUCGUCGUCGUCGUCGUCGUCGUCGUCGUCAUCGUCGACGAAUUCAUCGAAAUCGUCGUUGUUGAAUCUCUCAAAAUUGACGAUGUUAAGGUCACCCUCAUCGUCGCGCACAUCAUCGUCGCCAUCUACAUCCGAUUGCAGCGAUAACAACGACGUAAAGGUGUAUUGUUGUCACGACGAUAAGAACAAAGCUAUUCGUCGAAAAAUAUGCAAGAGGAAACACUAAGGUGAAUGUUUCGUUGGCGGUCGAUUUCGUUUUGGAAGUUGGAGAUGUCCGGUCCUUGUUCUAUUUUUAAUACGAACGUAAAUUUAUUAUUUAUAUAAAUUAAUAAAACGAUCGAUUGUUUAUUAGUUUAUAAUGAAAUAAUAAAUCGAGUUUUAUACCGCGGAGUAACAAACAUUUUACGGAUGCGAUGAAAUAACAUUUUAUCGCAUUUACGGGAUAUUUAUUACUUCGUGAUAUAUUCGUAGGCGUGGCGUACAUGUUAUAUAAUAUAUUCAUAAAUUAUUAUUUUAUAUUUAUAUAUUAUUAUGCGCGUACGAAGGUCGCGAUCAAUUUAUACGUCGCAAGCAGCAUGCAUGAGUCGCGCUUCGUAACUCGUGAUAAACAAAACGUGGAGAUAAACUGUGCAUCCAGGCCCGCUUUAGACUCUGUAAUUGAUGAUAGUAUUCUGUUCGCGGGAAAACAUUGAAGAGUCAAAAAUUGCACUCCUAAAGCACAGUGAGCAUAUCAGUAAUAUCUGCCGGUUGUGAUUUAUCGUGCGAUUUACAUGUGCGCGCGCGAUAAUUCGUAACGUAAUUUACACAUAAUGCAGAGAUGUUCGUAUCAUGAGAAAUAUUGUUAAUAUAUAUAUAUAUAUAUAUAUAAUUCAUUUAGUUAUAACAGUUAUAAAUAGUAAUUUGAUCAAGCCCGCGACAUGUGGAAUAUAUUGUAUACAGGGUGUUCCAAAA